AUGGCAUCGUCCCAAGUUGAAAUCGCUUCAUCUUCGCCAUUAGGUUGCGUUUUAACGGACCAUAAUUGUCGUGAUCCUUGCACUACACAUGCUACUUUCCAUAAAAACAUCCUCAGAGACCACCUUAACACAUGCAAUGAUUCUGCAGCACCAAACAACAACAUUCAAAAACCAAUGAGCAAUGCUGAUACUUGGGUCUCAAGAGUUGCCAAGAACAACCUUGGAAAUCCAAGUUUCACAAGAAGACUUCACAACAUGAUUGAUCAACAAGGCAGGGAUCACAAAGAUGAUUUUUCAUUGUCUGCAUUGGUGAGCCCGAGGCACUCACGGAUCAUUGAUCGAUGGACUGCAAGAAAAGCUCGAGAAAUGGUGUCAACGCUUGAGAAUCAUGAGGUUGAGGUGCUGAACAAUUUUCCUUCAAGGUCAUCUAGUUUUACUUCUAGGAGGGAAGUGUCACCUCCUCUUGAUGGCACCUCUGAAAGUGAAAUCUCAAACCUUGGUGCUUCUUCCCUUGUUCAGAUAUGGGAAAAGAGGCUCAACCAAUCUAAUUGCAAUAAACCAAACGCACCAGCUUCCCCUGGGAGGAUUAGUCCUAAUCCAAGUUGCAAUGAGAAUGCAUUUUCUGUGGAAGAACAAUGCAGGGUCUCAGAAGAAGAAGGGGAUUCCACUUAUGAACCAUCAGGUAAUGAGGAAUCAUUCUCAGAUUGGGAAUCUGAUAAAACAGGACCAAGUUAUCAAUCACAUUCACCGCAAGUGCAUCAUAGUUCAGAUGAGAAAGGAAGGGUUGCAGAUAUUAUCAAGAGACUCAGUGUUACAAAUCAAAUGAGUGAUGAAAAUGAUCAUGAGAUGUGUAGUAGUAGCGUGACUGGAUCUCCAUAUAGAGAGCGUGACCGUGUUUCUACACCAAAACAACAAGAGCACAAGGCUUUUGCUCAGGUCAUAAGUUCACCACGUAUUAGGGGGCGCCAAGCAUUCAAUGAUUUGAUUGUGCAGUUUGAGAGUGAUCGUCAUAGAGAGCUCAACCAUCUUGCAGAGAGAGGUGCAGUUUCCAUGUUUUCACAAAGAGGCCGUAUUCAGUCAUUGCUUCGGCUUAGAUUAUUACAACGUGGGGUAGCAGCUUUUGAUCAGUCCCGCCAGAAAUCAGAUCAAGGGAACACACAAGAAGAAGGAUCACCAAUUAUGCAAUUGAGGGAAAGAUUUAGCACAGGAGAUGAACAUAGAACUUCAUCCCUGGCAGAGGUAUCCGAUCCAAGAAGUCCUGGUAGGGAGAUAAUAGUAAGCAGCAUCAAACAAAUGGGUGACUUUCCUACCUCUAUUCAGAUCAGCAAAGACACUCGCUGCAAGACUAUUUAUGGCACUGACAUUCACUGUAAAGAACCUAUACAGAACCCAGAAUCUCAAACUAGUGCAGAUAACAAAAAAGAAGCUCAUCCUCCAAGUUCAGAUGUCACAUUCCAAGGAACACUUUUUGAAGCUCAAAAUGAUGAUCCAAAAGAAACAGUUGGAGCAUGUUCAUCCAUGGCUGAUUCAAAUGCAAAUGAGACGGCCUAUGAGGUAGAGGCAAGUGAGCAGCAGUAUGCUGCAAGCAGUUACAAUGAAACAGAAGAGGAAGAGGCCAAUGACCAUUAUUAUAAUGAAGCUAGUUAUGACUGGAUUAGUCCUAUUUCUCGACCUAGGAGCUAUUGGGAAGAACGAAGGCAAGAAUGGUAUAGGGAGAUGCUUGACUUUGGUUCAGACAAUGAUGAGAUACGUAAGCUUCUUGAAAGAAGAACAGUGUCAACUUUCCUUUCUAGUGACUUCCGUGAAAGGAUGGAUAGAUUGAUGAAGUCUCAUAUUGGAACACAAACACACCUAAUCAAUGGUCAAUACGAUGAGGGAGACCAAAAAGAGAGAAUGGACCAGGUGAUGGAAUUUUUACAGGAACACUUGUGUUUUGGAGACAGUCCUCAAGAUGGAAAAGGUAGUGCAGUGGAGAAAGAAGAAGAAGAAGAAGAAGAGGAGGAAGUGAAGGUAGAGGAGCAAGAAAAGGAAAGCAUCAUUAGUGGUUCGGAUCAUGAACUUGGUAAUUAUUUCAAUCAAUCAUCAUCACCAAUGCAUUCAUCUUCCUCCUCAAAAUGGAGUUAUAGAGACAUUGAUGCUGGGGAUGAUUCUGAUAGAGUUGCAUCUAUAUCCUCAUCAUUACCUUCUCAAUCUCAGUCUUUCUAUAAAGAUAGUAGGCAGUACUCUUCAUCCACAAAUCAUCAUUCAAUUGAAAUGGAAUUCAUAUACGAAUUGAGAGGACAAAUGGUUCAACUUUUUCAUGAGAUGUCUGAGCUAAGGAAAUCAAUAAAGAGCUGCAUGGACAUGCAGAUGCAGAUGCAAUUACAACAAUCCAAGAACCAAGAGGUUCACAAGAAGUCCCAUAAGAGGACACCAAAGAAAGGAAACUGCUGCAUUUGCCAUGAGAAGAAAGUAAACUCGGUUUUAUACAGAUGUGGGCACAUGUGUGCAUGUCUCAAGUGUGCCAAUGAGUUGCAAUGUAACAACGGAAAAUGUCCAAUAUGUAGAGCACCAAUAAUAGAUGUUGUCCGUGUAUAUGCUGACACAGAAUCUUUCAAACACAGUCUCGCUGUAGAGGACUAA